AUGAAGUUCACCAUCGCCACCUCGAUCCUCGCCGCCAUCCCCCUGGCGAGCGCCCACUACACCUUUGGCGGCCUCGUGCACAACGGCGCCAGCGUCGGGCGGGACUGGCAGUACGUGCGCGAGCACACGCGCACCUACAUGCCGACCUUCAAGGACGAGGCGGCCACGUCGAUCGACUUCCGCUGCAACAAGGACGCUGGGUCGGGGGCCAAGACGGACGUCUUCACCGUCAAGCCGGGCGACAGCCUCGGGCUCAGGCAGGCGUUUGACCCCAGCGGGAUGAAGCACCCGGGCCCCGCGCAGGUGUACGUCUCGCUCGCGCCCGGGUCGGUCAAGGAGUACGACGGGUCCGGGAACUGGCUCAAGGUGCACCAGUCGCUGCUGUGCAAGGACCCGCUCGUGGCGCGCGACCUGCAGUACGACGGCUGGUGCAUGUACGGCGAGAACAAGAUCGAGUUCGAGGUGCCCGAGACCCUACCCGACGGCGAGUACCUGGUCCGCGCCGAGCACAUCGCCCUGCACGGCGCCCACGACGGCAAGGCCGAGUUCUACUACUCGUGCGCCCAGGUCCGCAUCCAGGGCUCCAACGCCACCGCCCUGCCCGCCGGUGCCGAGACCGCCAAGAUCCCCGGCGUCUACAAGGUCGACGACGCCGCCAUCAACUUCAGCGUCUGGGCAGGCAAGACCGCCUACCCGCUGAUUCCCGGCAUCGCCGUCGCCCCCGGCGGUACCGUGAGGGGCAGCGCCGACGGCAAGACCAAGGCCAUCGUCAAGGUGCCUGGUGGCGCCUCGGAUGCCUCCUCCGCCGCCGGUGCUGCUUCUUCAUCAUCUUCUCCUUCUUCCUCCUCCACCGCUGCCGCCUCCACCGCAGCUGCCACCAACCCGGCUGCUACCGCUCCGGCCUCGACCCUGCUCACCAGCUUGGUCGCUAGCCCCACUGCCACCUCCGCUACCACCGCCGCCGCCUCGACUCUGCCCGCCACCGAGCCCAAGCCCACCGAGUCCGCCGGCCCUGGCUGCAAUGGUUCCCGUGGCCGCCGCCACCGCUUCCGCAACUGA